ACCAAACGGAGAGAGAGAAAGAGAGAUUCAAAAGGGCAUCUCAGGUCAGAAUUCCACCACCACUAGCAUCGUCCCACCACCGUAAGCCCCAGAAGACGAGGACGGAGGACCCUCUUACCGCCGUCGCUCGAAUCUCUCCGCCUCUCUGAUCUUCACAUUUCCAUUACACCUUCUCUUGUUCUACCUUCAUCACAAAUCACAUCACCUUAGAUCGGCCGGCGCUGCAUAAAUCCCCCACCUUGCUUCGCCCUAAUUCGCGCUCUGAGAAUCGGAACAUCUUAUUUGGAUCCUCCCCCCCCCCCCCCCCCCCCAUCUCAAUUCCGCCCAGAUCUGGGGAAGCUGAAAGAAGCUGACAAAUCAUGGAUGAGUUUCCUGGUAUUUUGGCGAGAGAUUUUGGGUUCAGACCGCAAGGCAAAUCGGCUCCAAUGGCAGCAUCCAAGGGAACUGGUAACCUCGGUAGUAGUGGAACCCUAAAUUUUGGUAUCGGAUCGGGAGGUGACACUAGAUCCUCCUCAGUCUCUUCGAACCGGCCGAAAUCCGGGUGGAAUUCGAAUUCUGUUGGUGGGUCUUUCCUUGAUGACCACGAUGGGCUCUUUGGGUCUGCGGGUAAUCAGAAGAGCCAGGAUUCUGGAGGUUUAGGGGGUUACGAUGAUGUAUUUGGUGCCCCUCCCAAGUACACGAACCGGUCUGAUAGUCGUGGUGGUGCGUCUUCAACUUCCACGUUUGAUUAUGAUUCAAUUUUUCAGGGGUCCAAGGAUUCUAGUUCAAAGUCUCCAUCUUUGCCAGUUUUCGAUAAGCCUGUGUACGAUGACGAUAUUUUUGAUGGGUUGCCGGGGAUGAAGAGCUCGUCUUCUGUUAAGUAUGACGAUGUGUUCUCGUCGAUCUCGUCGCCUCCAAAACAGACUGCAGCAUUUGAUGAUUUGCUAGGGAGUUUGAGCGGAAAGGAGCCAGAAUUCAAGAGCUCGAGCGGGAAAAGGCCGGGAGAUGUGGAGAAGGAUUUGCCCGGUUUUGAUGAUUUAAUACCCGGAUUUGGUGGGAGCAGCACGCAGAAUAAAAGAGGAACUUCAGAGACUAGUCAGCGUGAACAGCCUACUGUUCCUUCAACUAAACCUACUACCAGCAUGAUGGAAGAUCCUUUUGUAGUUUUAGAAUCAACUUCUUCUCCAGCAUAUUCAUCAUCAGACUUUUUUACUGAUCCAUUGGAACAAAUGGGUAAGCCUAAUAACACUGGAAGCAUGAAAAGUGAUCCUUCUGUUAGCAGGGGAGUAUUUGAUGAUAUAGAUCCCCUUGAUGGUCUGGGGAAGUCAGUGCCAUUGUUUUCAUCUGAGAUGAAUAGCAUAGAGAGGGAUAAAAGUCCUUUAAAGACAGGACCACAUGUAAAUUYUAAAUAUACUUCAUCUGACAAAGAACCAACUGAGAAGUCUUCAGCAAAAGUCUCUGAGAACAACUCCCAGAAAAAGGUGCCUGUUGAUAAUUAUCGGGAUUCCCAUCAAACCUUGUUUGACAUUCCUACUGUUUCAUCGGACUCUCAUAAACCUGUUGGUCAGACUAGUUCUCGUACUUCACAUGUGCAUGCUAAUUCUAAUGAGACAAAUCCUCAGGUUGAUACAUUUCCAAGAUCUGAAGAAAAUUCAGAAGCAGCUGAUGAGGUAUGGCUCACUGUCUCUGAGAUUCCCCUUUUCACGCAACCUACAAGUGCUCCACCACCUUCAAGGCCCCCUCCUCCUAGACCAUCUCAAGCUUCAAAGAGGGAUAGAGGUUCAUUUGCUGCUGUAAAUACUAAAAAGGUUAAUGAGUUCUCUUCUUUUCCACAUUCCACUCAGAAUUACCAGAGUUCCAAGCCAGUUCCUGAUUCAGUGAAGAGUCAAAGUGUGUCUUCAAUAGAUGAACUUGAGGACUUUGCCAUGGGCAGGCCCCGAAGUAAUGCUGAUGAACGUGCAGAUAUUCUUUCCAGUGAAGAAGAGGUUGAGGCAAAUUCAGCUGCUGCUGCAUCAGCUGCUGCUAUGAAGGAAGCUAUGGAUAGGGCUGAGGCAAAAUUCAAACAGGCUAGGGAAGUAAGGGAGCGAGAAUUUGCUAAGGCUAGAAGUAGAGAAGCUGCACAGCAGGAAAAAGAUGAAGCACGUGAACAGAGGGAAAGGGAGGAGAAAGAGCGAGAGCUCCGGGACCGUGAACGGGAACAGAAGGAAAGAGAGGAGAAAGAGAGAGAACAAAAGAGACUCCAAAGAGAGAGGGAGAGAGCUGUAGUGUUGAGAGCACAAGCAGAAGCACGUGAAAGGGCGGCAGCAGAAGCAAAGGAAAGGGCAGAAAGGGCAGCUGCUGAAGCUCGCCUAAAAUCUGAAAGGGCUGCUGUUGAAAAAGUUAAUCAGGAAGCACGUGAACGUGCAGGGCGGGCUGCAGUGCAGAGAGCACAAGCUGAAGCACGUGAGAGGGCAGCACCAGAAGCAAGGGAAAGAGUGGAAAGGGCAGCUGCAGAAGCCAGGGAGAAGGCAGCAACUGAAGCAAGGGAUAGGGAAGCAAAAGAAAGGGCUGCUGUUGCAAGGGCAGAAGCAGAAGCACGAAUUAGAGCAGAACGAGCUGCUGUUGAAAGGGCCGCUGCAGAGGCUCGAGAAAGGGCUGCUGUAGAGGCUCGACAAAGGGCAGCAGCAGCUGCUGCUGCAAAGGAGAAUCAACAAAAGAAUGAAAAUGAUCUGGAAUCCUUUUUCAGUAUGGGUGCUCGAGCAAACAGUGCUCAAAGGCCAAGGCCUACUGCUUCGGACACUCUUUUUGAUACCCAAUUCCAGAACCGGGGAGGUCCUGAUGGAACAAGGAAUGCAUCAUUUGGAACCUCAUCCGGCAUGAGGAAAGCAUCUUCCACAACAAACAUUGUUGAUGACCUUACUUCAAUUUUUGGAGGCGCCCCAUCAUCUGGGGAAUUUCAAGAAGUUGAAGGUGAAAGUGAGGAAAGACGGAAAGCCAGAUGGGAGCGUCACCAAAGGACUCAAGAGCGGGCUGCAAAGGCACUGGCUGUGAAGAAUGAGCGUGACCUUCAAACUCAGAGAGAACAGGCAGAGAGACAUAGGAUUGCUGAAACUUUGGAUGUUGAGAUCAAGCGUUGGGCUGCAGGGAAAGAAGGCAAUUUGCGUGCUUUGUUGUCAACUUUACAAUAUGUGCUUUGGCCGGAAUGUGGUUGGCAGCCAGUUUCUUUGACUGAUUUGAUUACAUCUGCCUCAGUUAAAAAGGUUUAUAGAAAGGCUACCUUGUUUAUCCAUCCCGAUAAGGUGCAGCAGAAAGGUGCCAAUCUUCAACAAAAAUAUAUAGCAGAGAAGGUGUUUGACCUUCUUAAGGAAGCAUGGAACAAGUUCAACUCAGAGGAGCUCUUCUAAAUUCCUUCUACUCUUUCAUUCCAAGCCACUUUAUUAGGAAAGUUGCAUGAAUUAUACAGAGGAGCGUUGGAGUUGCAUUAGAUGAUGAGGAAUUACUCUGCUGCGGCUUGGUGUCAUCAAAAAGGCUUCAUUCCUACACUACCGCACUUCAAGGAACGUAAAGUCCUCUUGUUUGUUAUGUUUCUGUAAAUUGAUCUUACUCGAGAAAUGUAUGAAUUUUGAAGCUACUGUCUGUAUGUGAAAAUUGGAAUGGCUGAUUAGUGUAGAGUAUUAUUGGCCAUACUGAUUGUCAUACACGCUCAUGCCUGAUUUAGGCAGUCUGUUUAGUUUCUUCUAUGAUAAUUCUUUUCCUUUUUUUUUUCUUUUUUUUGGGGGUUGUAUCGGUUGAAUGAAUACCAACAUUUUUAUUGGUGUCUUAUUAUAUCAAAAUGGACACCUGCAAUUUAUAUUUCUUGAGUUGUGAA